AUGAUCCUUUUAAUGUGUCUAUCGUAUUUUAUGAAUAUGAUAGUAGAAGCAUAUGGCAAUGCGUUGAAAAACCAUUACUAUGUUAAAUCGUACAAGUGUUAUAGAAAAAAAAGCAAGAGCAAUAUGAUAAAUAGACAUAAAACGCAUAAAGUGUAUGGUAUACCAAGAAUGUACAAGUGGUUAACAUCAUAUUAUCCAACAGUAAGAGAGGAACUAAUAAAUAAUGAAAUACAAAAAAGGGUUGAUGUAUUUUACAUAGACAUGAAUGGUGUUAUUCAUCAUUGUACCCAUGCAAAUAAGGAUACGUUACCAUUAUAUAAUGAACAUAAAUUAUUUUCCAAUAUUUUGCAAUAUUUAAAAAAUUUAUUUUAUUUAAUCAAGCCAAAAAAAUUAAUAUACGUUGGUGUUGAUGGUGUAUCACCCAAGGCAAAAAUGAAUCAACAGAGGAAACGACGAUUUUUAAGUUUAUUUAAAAUUAAUAGUAAUAAUACUGCCUCGACUAACAAUAAUCUUUUUAAUCCUAACUGUAUAACUACGGGCACAGAUUUUAUGUAUAAAAUUAAUUUAUCAUUAAAUAAAUGGUUUAAAAUUUUAAAGAAAAAAAGCGUUUUUACUUUUGACGUUAUAUUUUCUGGUUCGGACGUUCCAGGGGAGGGCGAGCACAAAAUUUUGAAGUUCAUCCGGGAGAAUUGUAGAAAGGAUGGAAACUUCAAAAAUUACAACCAUUGCAUCUACGGGUUGGAUGCCGACCUAAUUAUGUUAUCCCUAGUUACUCACCUGAAUAACAUAUUCAUUUUAAGAGAUAAAUUUAAAAUGACGAACGACUCGAGUGGAAACUUGCUAGAAAGUAUUGAGAAAGGGCAAAUGGAUUUUAGUAUUUCUUCCAUUAAAGUGGAUAAAAAGGAAGAGAUACGAACCACCGGAUUAGAGACUGAACGGGGGGAUGCAUUGCUGGACGACUGUUCACAGGAGGAAGCAUCGGCAAAGGUGCGUGGACAAGAAGACGCAUCAACAAAAAAAUGUGCAAAGGAAACUGCUUCAAUGAAGGAGCAUGCACAGGGAGCAGCUUCACCGAACGAGCACAAUAGCACAUUUUGCAAAAUUUACAAAUACACAACAGAGUAUUAUACGAACCAUGAAUGUUUGAACAGCUAUGAUUUUGAAAUACUAGAUAUAUAUAAAUUAAGGACAUCUAUAAGAACACAAAUUGCUACAUAUAUAAAUAAAUUAAAAAAAGAAAAGAACAUUGUGUUUAGUAUAAAUAGAGUAGUAGAUGAUAUUGUUUUUUUAUCGUUUCUAGUAGGGAAUGAUUUCCUACCACACAUACCAAAUAUUGAUAUAAAUGAAGGAUCAAUGAAUGAAAUUUUGAACUCAUAUAUUUAUUAUAUUUAUAAAUAUUCAAAUUAUAUUACAUAUAAAGAUAAAGUACAUAUAGAGAGGCUAAAAAUUAUUUUAAAAAUUUUAAGUGCUCAAGAAUUUGAAUAUUUUAAAAAAAGAGGAAUAAAUGAAAAUAUUGCAGAAUUUACAGACGAGCACAAAUACAAAAAUUAUUAUUAUUUUCAUAAAUUUGGUUUGGAUGAUUCGAAACAUAUACAAGAUAUUGUUAAGAAAUAUAUUGAGGGAUUAUUCUGGAACUUGCAUUACUAUCACUUCGGGUGUGCCAGCUGGUAUUGGGAAUACCCAUAUCACUAUGCACCACUAUGUAGUGACUUACUAAGUUUUGAAAAAUCGGAUUUCUUCUUUGAAAAGGGGAAGCCGUACUCAGCCUACACACAUUUAAUCAGCGUCCUUCCACAGAAGGAUAAAAAUCUGCUACCCGAUGUGUACAAAAAUAUUUAUGUUGAGGAUGAAGUGAAAUCGUUCUUUCCAGACAGCGUUAAAAUAGAUCCAAAUGGAAAAAAGGAAACGUGGGAGUACAUAGUGCACCUGCCCUUCAUAAACUGCAACAUGAUAAACAAAAUAAUAACAGAAAAAAGUAAAAAGAUCUCAAGGCUUAAAUAUAAGUUGAGGGAGUUAAACGGACGAGAACACAGGUACUAG